AUGAGGUCAAUAAUGCUUAAAUUUAUAGCUACAGUUUUUGCAGUUUAUUUGUUGAAUCAAAAUGCUCAUUGUGAGCUGCAGGUUGGGUUUUACAGCUACUCAUGUGGCAUGGCUGAGUUCAUUGUAAAGGAUGAAGUCAGAAAAAGUGUUCGUAAUAAUCCUGGAAUUGCUGCUGGGCUUGUAAGAAUGCAUUUUCAUGAUUGCUUUAUCAGAGGGUGUGAUGCAUCAGUACUUCUUGAUUCCACUCCCUCAAACACUGCAGAGAAAGACUCUCCCGCAAAUAAACCAAGUCUUCGAGGGUAUGAAGUCAUUGAUAAUGCCAAGGCUAAACUUGAGGCAGUAUGUCCAGGAAUUGUUUCUUGUGCUGACAUUGUGGCAUUUGCAGCAAGGGACAGUGUGGAGUUAGCUGGAGGGCUUGGUUAUGAUGUUCCAGCAGGUAGAAGAGAUGGCAGAAUCUCACUAGCUUCAGAUACAAGAACAGAGUUACCUCCUCCAACUUUCAAUGUAAACCAACUCACUCAACUCUUCGCCAGGAAGGGAUUAACGCAAGAUGAAAUGGUCACCCUCUCAGGAGCACAUACCAUUGGCCGCUCUCAUUGCUCAAGUUUCAGCAAUAGAUUAUACAAUUUCAGUAGCACUUCGAGUCAGGAUCCUAGUUUAGAUCCCUCAUAUGCAGCACCGCUGAAGAGGCAAUGUCCACAAGGCAACACAAACACAAACUUGGUGGUUCCAAUGAACCCUUCAAGUCCUGGAAUUGCUGAUGUAGGGUACUAUGUUGACAUAUUAUCAAACCGAGGUCUGUUCACGUCUGACCAGACUCUCCUAACUAAUGCUGAAACAGCCAGCCAGGUGAAGCAAAAUGCCAGGGAUGGCUAUCAAUGGGCAAACAAAUUUGCUGGUGCUAUGGUGAAGAUGGGUCAAAUAAGUGUCUUAACAGGUAAUGAUGGAGAGAUUAGAACAAAUUGCAGGGUGGUAAAUAGCUGGCAAUAG